AUGGCAGAAAAAAUUCGCGGUCAGGUGAUUGUUCAGAACAAUCAGAAAUCACCUGAUAGCGAACUUUUUCUGCCACCAUGUUACCUGACAAAUCAAAUUGCCAAGCAAUUUCUGAUUGAAGACGAAACCAUGGCGAUCGAUGGAAAUUUUUCUUUAACUGAUAAAGAUUAUGAAAUACCGGAAAAUCUUCAAAUACAUUUAGAAAAAGCAAUAGAAGAUGUAAAAAAAUCACCAAGCAAAUUAGAGCAUGAAGAACUCGAAAAAUAUCUUCAAGAAAUUAAUAAGAAACUUAAAGAUUUUAAUGAAAAUGCAUUGAAAAUUGAUUUUAAUUAUAUUAUUGAUUUGAAAUUUGAGAUUCUUUCUGAUUUAGCUAAUUUAAAAGCUGCAUUGAAUGGAAAAUUGAAUUAUAUUAACUUAAAAAGCACUUUCUCAGAUAAAAUUAAUUUAUCAGUUGGUGAAAUUGAUAAAAUUAAUGAUUUCUUAUCUAAAUGGAUUAAUCGUACUAAAACUAUCCCAUUUGAAGAAAUUUAUGAAGGUCUUAGCAAGUUUAACAAUUUUGUUAAUAAUAUGGAAGAUAGCCUCUUUUUUUUUGAAAUUCAAGAAAAAUUAUUAGCCAAAAUCACUGAGAUUAAAGAAACCUUACCUUAUAAGUCUGAAGAAAUUGAUAAACCUUAUAAACCUUAUAAAUCUACAAAACAGAAAAAAGAUAAAUGGGGAAUAUUUUCAACCACUAAGAAUACUAAAGAGAUACCACCAAAUGAAGUACAAAAUGAAGUAUAUUCGGAUUUUCUUCUUAUCAUCGGGUUAAAAUUAGCGUAUGAUUUAACUACUGAAUUAGAAUAUACAACAAGUAGAUUAAAGCUUUUAGAUCCAACUAUUCAAAAAAUAAUAGUUAUUUUGAAAAAACUUCAUGACGAAUUCGAUAAAUUGCAAUCAAGUGAGGAGUUGGUAGAAAGUUUUGAAAGAAGUGAAUUAUAUGUCAGAGAAUGUUGUUUCUAUGAUGUU